GAUUGGCUCCGGUCCCGGCCCGGUCUGGAUGACUUCCGGCGAGACGGAGGCGUAGUGCAGUGACAGUGACUGAGAAAAGAAGCGAAAACGGAGGAAGCUACGAACGGACAAGCCCUCUGUUCACCCCCUACACUACCGGAAGCGGAAAAAGGCAGGAAACGUACCCUGAGGCAUGGGUGGUGACUGACCCCUGACCCCCCCAUCACAUACCCAGGACCCGCAGGGUGUGGCCCCCCAACAUUGACAGGGGCCCCGGGGAUCCGAACACCUUUGUGCUGUCACGUGUUUCUCUGGACAGUCCUUAUUUCUUUUUUUUUUCUUGAACUGUCGUCAGUAAUACCUGCAUCCAUCUUUCCUGAGUUACAAUUGUAUCUGCAUUUGCCCACAUGUCCCACACGCCCAUCUGUACUAUGCCAUCUUAGGGAAGGUGUGGCACCCUGCUCUGGGCUAUCUAGGGGGUAGCCUCUGUUAGAUGUGAGGGGCCAAGCUGGCUAAUGGUCCAGUACUUGAGACAUCCCUCUUAUAUAUUGUAUAGGGUUUAUAUAGUUAUUGUGUGGUGCCUAAUGCUUUAGAACCUGUUAUUUUCCUAUUAUAGCACCUAUUUUUCUAUGUUUUUAAAGCUUAUUUUUGUAUACAAUACAUAAGUGGAUGCUGCUAAAGUAAAGGGAGUUUAGUGGGUGCCUGAAGCCAUUCUUGUAUAUUGGGCACUCCCUUGAAUAAAGAAGAGGGGUGUCCCUUGUGCCAUUAGCCAUAUUUUUAGGUAAGGGGUCACGGCAACCAACUUGCAUGACAUGAGUCUGAAGAACCAUCGUGACGCAGAGUGACCGAAGCUCAAAAACCGCAUCACAACAUGGCAUCAGAGGAGGCCUCGUUGCGAGCCCUCGAAAGCUUGAUGAGUGAGUUCUUUCACAAUGGCACGUCAAACGAACGCAAGCGGGAAAUAGAGUCUCUGUUAAACAACUUUGCUCAGCAACUUGGAGCAUGGAGGUUCUGCUUCUAUUUCCUGUCCCAAUCACACAAUGACUACGUCCUGAUGUACAGCCUGAGUGUGUUUGAGAACCUGAUCAACAAAAUGUGGCUAGGUGUCCCAUCACAGGAGAAGAUGGAAAUCCGCAGUUCCCUACCUAAGCUUUUGCUGAGUCAGCACAAGACCCUUCCUAGCUUUAUCUGCAACAAGCUGUGCAAGGUCAUUGUGGAUAUGGGAAGGCAGGACUGGCCAAUGUUCUACCAUGACUUCUUCACCAACAUCCUACAGCUAAUCCAGACCCCGAGUACAACACCCUUGGGAUUGAUCAUGCUGAAAACCGCCUCAGAGGAGCUGGCCUGCCCACGAGAAGACCUUAGUGUGGCCAGAAAGGAGGAGCUCCGCAAGUUGCUGUUGGAGCAGGUGCCAACUGUUUUGGGCUUGCUGACAGGAGUCUUAGAAAGCAUUUGGGAUAAGCACAGCAUCACAGCUGCAACGCCCCCUCCAUCACCCACAGCCUCGGAUACUGAUGACCUCCUGAGCAACCUGAUUCACACUCCCAACCUGACUAAGCAACUGAGCCAGCCUCCACCGAGCUUAGAGGCAGAAAGUGAACGUGUCUGUGCCCUGGCCCUUGAGUGCCUCUCCCACCUUUUCAGCUGGAUCCCCCUUUCUGCCAGCAUCACCCCGACCCUUCUCACAACAAUUUUCCACUUUGCACGCUUGGGCUGCGACGCUCGCUCCCGUCACACCUCCAGUAUUACCACCAACACAACUUGCGUUGUCAACGGUGGAAGCAGUAGUCCCCCUUUGUCCUCUGCGGCACACAGCUCUCAGCGGGAUCGGGGCAGGCUAGGCGUCCUGGCCAUGUCUUGCAUCAAUGAACUCAUGUGCAAGAACUGUGUUCCUCUGGAAUUCCAGGAGUACCUCUUAAGGGUCUGCCAGCAAACUUUCUAUCUCCUGCAGAGGAUUACAAGGGAGACAAAUGCUCACAGUGUACGGACUCGACUGGAGGAGCUGGACGAGAGCUACGUGGAAAAGUUCACUGACUUCUUACGGCUCUUUGUCAGUGUCCACUUAAGGAGGAUAGAAUCCAAUGCCCAGUUUCCUGUGGUUGAAUUUCUGGCACUUCUUUUUAAGUAUACAUUUCAUCAGCCCACACACGAGGGUUAUCUGUCCUGUCUGGAUAUCUGGGCCCUGUUUCUGGACUACCUAACAAACAAAAUAAGAAACCGGCUUGAAGACAGAGAGGCCAUUAUUGGCAGGUACGAGGACGCACUAGUUUUGCUUCUGACAGAGGUGCUGAACCGAAUCCAGUUCCGAUACAACCAAACACAGCUAGAGGAGCUGGAUGAUGAGACUCUGGAUGACGAUCAGCAGACAGAGUGGCAGAGAUACCUGCGGCACAGUCUGGAAGUAGUGGCCAAGAUCAUGGAGCUGCUUCCUACUCAUGCCUUCUCCACGCUGUUUUCAGCGCUGCAGGAAAACCUUGAUGUGUACCUGGGACUCCAGCGGUGUUUAGUAACAAAUGGAAAUGAUCAGCGACUAAAUGUUACAGCAGAAAAUGACUGCCGGCGGUUACACUGCUCUCUUCGGGACCUUAGCUCCCUUCUGCAGGCUGUGGGCAGGCUUGCCGAGUACUUCAUCGGAGAUGUGUUUGGGGCCCGGUUUAAUGAUGCACUUACAGUUGUUGAGAGGUUGGUUGAAGUCACUUUAUAUGGCUCUCAGAUUAAACUGUACAACAUGGAGACUGCUGUGCCAUCCGUGCUGAAACCAGACCUCAUUGAUGUACAUGCCCAGUCCUUGGCAGCAUUGCAAGCCUACUCCCAUUGGUUGGCUCGUUACUACAGUGAGGUGCAGAGGCAGAACCCUGAGCAGUUCAUCUCGAUCAUCUCCACUGCUAUGGAAGCUUUGCCUCCCCUUAUCAGCAGCAAGGUACAAGAGAAGUUGCUGCUGUCAGCGUGUCAUCUGCUAGUCUCAGUAGCCACAACCGUGCGGCCCGUGUUCCUUAUUAACAUUCCAGCUGUCCAGAAGGUGUUCAGCCGUGUCACAGACAGCUCGGCACAGAGGCUCCCGGAAGAGGCUCAGGUACUGCUUUGUCGUGCUCUUUCGAAUGUCUUGUUGCUGCCAUGGCCGAAUGUCCCUGAAGGGGAGCAGCAGUGGGGGGAACGCUCCAGCCAUCACGCCAAUCUGUUGAAUGCCCUGACCAGAGAUUACAGGCUGCUCAAGGGUAGCUCUCCCCCGCAGAGAAAGGGGCAGCUGGAGGCCACAAAACGUGUUAUCUGUCAGACCCUCGGGGUCCUUCGGGACAUUGUGGAAAAUAUCUCUGGAGAGGGCACCAAGUCGCGGCAGAUCUGUUACCAGUCUCUGCAGGAGUCUGCUCAGCUGUCUCUUGCCCUCUUCCCUGCCUACAUCCACCAGUCAGAUGUGACAGAAGAAAUGCUCAGCUUUUUCCUGGCCCUGUUCCAAGGCUUAAGGGUACAGAUGGGGGCGCCUUUCACUGAGCAGGUUAUCCAGACCUUUCUCAACAUGUUCACCAGGGAGCAGCUGGCAGAAAGCAUCCUACAGGAGGGCAGUGCUGGCUGCCAUGUGGUGGAGAAGUUUCUGAAGAUCCUGCAAGUGGUAGUGCAAGAACCUGGUCAGGCUUUCAAACCUUUCCUACCCAGCAUCCUGUCACUAUGCAUGGAGCAGCUUUACCCCAUCAUUGCAGAGCGUCCCUCUCCUGAUGUGAAGGCUGAACUGUUUGAGCUGCUAUUUCAGCUUUUGCAUCACAACUGGAGGUAUUUCUAUCGCUCUUCGGUUCUGGCAAGUGUGCAGCGUGAUGGAAGUGACGAGCCAAUGGAGAACCAAGCCCAGUUUGUUGUGGUCAUGCAAGCCUUUGGUCAGUCAUUUCUUCAGCCAGACAUACACAUAUUCAGGCAAAAUCUCAGCUACCUGGAAACCCUCAACAGCAAACAUAAACUGUACCAUAAGAAACUGUUCCAGACUGUGAUGCUGCCUCAGUUCGUCAGUGUUUUGCUGCAGGUUCUAAUCCACAAGUCCCAUGACCUCCUGCAGGAAGAGAUUGGCAUUGCCGUCUAUAACAUGGCAUCGGUGGAUUUUAGCACUUUCUUCUCUGCUUUCCUGCCAGAGUUUCUUACAGGCUGCCAAGGCCUGGACACCAGCCAAAAAGGCGUCCUCGCUCGCAACUUCAAAAUGGAACGGGACCUGCCUUCGUUUACUCAGAGUGUCCACCGUUUAGUCAAUGACCUCCGAUACUACAGACUCUGCAACGACAGUCUCCCUCCUGGAACUGUAAAGCUGUGACCUCCCUCGCCCCUCGUUUUCCUGCCAAUGGACAGACUUUAUCCAUCACGCUCUUCUCUCUCCACAUUGAUAGUCUUAACUCACCACUAUACAGCUGUGAAACCCCCCCCUCACUCGCACCGAUUUUAUUGUAAGCGCGGGCAGUUUUAGUGCAUCGUUGGACUUCAGUGCCUCUUUCUUGGCUCCCCCCGCUCUACCCCUAGGCUGCCAAAUGGAUCUCGUUCCUAUGCCAGCUGAGGGUUAGGAAGGCUUCCAUUUUUUGUUCUUUGAAUAUAUAUAUAUUUUUUAAUUCAUGCAAACGCUUCAACAAACCUUCAAUAUCAUUCCCAGUUGUAGUGGAGAAGAAGGGUGGGGUCUGUAUGUGACCCAAGUAUGGACACUCGCGUGUCUUCGGCUUCUGGAUUUUAACUGGCUGUACAGGCCAAUUGCCACACACGGACGAUAUUAUGUAUUGUUUUAUAUUUUUUGUGUUUUUAUCAUUCCAUUGUGAAUCCGCGACAUCUUUUCGCGAAUAAAAAACCUUGCUUUGUUUAGA